GGAAUUGAAGGUUUCGAGAACAGAGGUUUUGCUACAAAGGUUGGAAUUGAGAAGAAAAACGAGAGAGAGAAAGAGAAGGGAGUCGAGGCGAGGCGGGGCGAAGAAAGGGGAGGUUGCUUGCUUGCUUGCUUGAACAGGAGUCAUUGUCCACCAGCAGUUGUUGGUUAUAGUUUCGUUCUGUACGCAAUUGUUCAGGUGUUGCGUGCAGUUAGUUGUUUUGGACGCUUGUCAAUCAUGGUGGCACAUGCAGCGGUUGCCAUAGCACUCACAUCAAUCGCCAGCUCUAGCUCUGCUUGUUUAGCAGGGUUUGAAAAUCGCCGUGCAAGGUUGGGGAAUGCGAGGGCAGUUGCAGAUACCGUGAAGCGCUCUAGUGGUGGUAAUGUGGACUCAGGAAAAUGGAGACAGAAUCAGAAUGUUUCUGCUGGUACACUCAGCUUGGCGUCUCCUCCCCUCCUGUCAUGUGUUGAGCAAACGGGUGGCUCUGCUUCAGCUUUUCUGGAGGAGCAAGAGGUUGUUAUGUCCUCAGGGAUGAAGGAGAUUGAGGAGAAAUUGAAAUUAUUAUUGACAGUUCAGACCAAAUUAGAGGAAAGCGUCACACCUCCUUCGAGGCAGAAGCAGGAGAGCUCAGGAAAGGAUGAUUUUUAUGUGAACUGUGGUGCUGCUAUACGCAAUCUUAGAGAGGAGCUUCCUGCCUUGUUCUACAAAGAUCUCAACUAUGACAUUUACAGGGAGGACAUCACAUUUAGUGACCCCAUGAACACAUUUUCGGGAAUAGAGAACUAUAAAACCUUGUUCUGGGCACUUCGGUUCCAUGGCCGCAUCUUUUUCAAAGCUUUGUGGGUUGAAAUAGUUCGAGUGUGGCAACCUUCUGAAAAGGUAAUCAUGGUCCGGUGGAUAGUUCGGGGCAUUCCACGAGUCCCUUGGGAAGCUCAAGGUCGGUUUGAUGGAACCUCUGAGUACAAGUUAGAUAAAGAUGGAAAAAUCUACUCUCACAAGGUUGAUAACAUCAUAAUGAACUCGCCUCCAAAACAUCAAACCCGAUCGGUGAUGGACUUGGUACGAGCUGCUGCAGGACAAGGUACCCCGACACCGACUUAUUAUCAGAAAGUCGGAGUAUUUUCUUUCUUAAAGCAGUUUACAUGGGUGCGCUUUUACCUAGCUUUGAGGAGUACUCUUGCUGUCACUUCCUCGAGUGAAGCAAUUGAUGUCCUACCUAAUGCCAGUCUCAAUCCUUAAGUUGCUAAUUGUAACUAUACAAUCUGAGAAGGUGGGUAUCCAUUUUCUACCCGUUUUCUGUGUAUCAUAUGGGAAAAGCAGUGGGUUAAAGUGGUGCUUGUACAUAGUGAUAUAUAUGGUAGAGAGCUGAAGUGUUGCCAGCCCCUCGUACAACGAGCAGUAGCAACCUCCAUCCAUGUCUCCACCCCACGAAAGACGUAUGGUGCCUAACCCUUCUGCAGCUGUUCUACGAGUUUUAACUUUAGAAAAUAGUUUGAAGAGGUUUCCACGCUUUGGUUUGGCGAGAGUUUUGGAAGGUAGUAAGCUUCCUGGGUGACUCCGAACUGCUGGACGAGGUGGUGGCUGGCUUACGGCAGUUCAUUAGUGCGCAAGCAAGCAGAGACUUGAGCGAGGGGUGGCUAUACCCCCUUCCAAAGCGGCCGGUGUAAUUCACUUGUGCAAGUGAGGAAUUUACUGUAAUACUUAUAAGGUGAUAUGAUCAGGAGAAUCAUACUAUCCUUUAUUUUCGGACUUUUGGAGAAAUUGGACUUUUCAUGCAUGUUCUGGAGCAGCUUGUUCCUCUGUUUUAAUUUUAACUAUUGAGUGUUUGUUUGAAA